UCCAAUUAGAAAACUAAAACUACUAGUACCUAGAUGUCCUAGACUAUUUAGGACUAAUAUUGCUUAGCGUUUGAUACUCUUUGGCUAGACUAAAAAAAAUUGAUAAUUCUCAAUUUAUGCAUAGUAUACAGUUGCUUGCCAAUAAUAUAUUUAAUUAUUAUUUGAUACGUAGUAGGUACGUACCUACUUUGAAAUUGUCAUGCAUUAUAAUUGACAAUGGGUUCAUGUUUACCUCUAAAUUGAAGGAAACAAUAUUUAUGAUAUACAGGAGACACAUAACCUUAUAAAUUGGCUUGAACACUUUUCUUGACUUGAACAAUUUUAAUUUUGUGAUUAAAUAAAUAUCGCAAUGAGUUAUCCGGGCGGUGGUGGUAGAGGAAUGGGGUUUGCCGGCUUCUCGAUGCCGAAGCGAAACCCUUCGAAUGUGUCUCUCCAUGCUGUGCCGCCUCCAACGACGUCUAUGCAUGCUGUCCCACCGCCUUCCAGUGGUCUUUCAAAACAAGGAUAUUCUACAAUGAGUGCUAUUACACAAAAUGCUGUAACUGGCACAUGGGGUACUCUUGGGAAGAAACGCGCCAAAACCGAGGAUGAGUAUUUUGAUGAUGAUGAUGAACCUCCAACACCAGCGUUGGCUUAUAUACCUGCACCAGGAAGCCCUACUAAUGCAGCAAGCAGUUCUAGGGCUGAUGAUGAUGAUGAAGAUCCUCUAGAUGCCUACAUGGCUGGGUUGGAACAACAGGCAGCUCGGGAUUUGGUCACCAGUAAGGAGAAUGCAGCCAGCGGAAAAGACAGUGUGAGAGGUACUAGGGGUGAUAUUGAUGAUAUGGAUGAUGAAGAGAGUUAUUAUAAGUAUAUGGAAGAAAAUCCUCUGAAUAAUGCAGAUGACACAUCUGAUGUAGAAAUAGAAUAUGAUGAAGAUGGCAAUCCUUUAGCUCCAGCGAAGAAAAAGUUCAUCGAUCCCUUACCUCCUAUAGACCACUCUGAGAUAGACUAUGAACCAUUUGAAAAGAACUUCUACACUCCUCAUGAAGAUAUUGAAAAGCUCACACAUCAACAAGUUGAGGAAUUAAAAAAGAAUUUAGGUGUGAAGAUAACGGGUCCGGAUCCCCCUCGGCCCGUGAGCAGCUUCGCUCACCUCGGGUUCGACGAGCAGCUGAUGCGCGCCAUCCGCCGCUCGGAGUACACGCAGCCCACGCCCGUGCAGGCCGCCGGCGUGCCCGCCGCCUUGUCCGGACGAGACAUUAUAGGUAUUGCCAGAACCGGCUCAGGCAAGACGUGCGCGUUUCUGUGGCCGCUACUGGUUCACAUCAUGGAUCAGAAGGAAUUGGCGCCCGGCGAUGGACCAAUAGGACUCAUCCUUGCUCCCACCAGAGAAUUAGCUCAACAGAUUUACAUGGAAGCGAAGAAAUUCGGCAAAGUGUACAACAUAAGGUGUGUGUGCUGUUACGGUGGUGGAUCGAAAUGGGAACAAGUUAAAGCGUUGGAAGGUGGUGGUGCAGAAAUAAUAGUAGGCACUCCGGGUCGUGUCAUAGAUUUGGUCAAGUGUAAAGCUACAAAUCUACAAAGGGUGACCUAUCUAGUGCUCGACGAGGCUGACAGAAUGUUUGAUAUGGGAUUUGAGCCACAAGUCCGUUCGAUCUGCAACCACGUGCGGCCGGAGCGACAGGCGCUGCUGUUCUCCGCGACCUUCCCGCGCCGCGUGGAGCGACUGGCACGCGACGCGCUGCACGACCCCGUCCGCGUGCAGCACGGCGCCGCGGGGGAGCCGGCGCACCUCGUCACGCAGCACGUCCGAAUAUUCAACAAACCAGAAGAGAAGUGGUCAUGGCUGCUCAGUAACUUAGUUGAGUUCCUGUCGGCGGGAAGCGUGCUCAUAUUCGUUACGAAAAAGCUGGAGGCGGAGCAGACGGCCGCCAACCUGGGCGUGCAGCAGUACGACGCGCUGCUGCUGCACGGGGACAUGGAGCAGGCGGACAGGAACAGAGUCAUCACGGCCUUCAAGAGGCAGGAGACUAACAUACUAGUUGCCACCGACGUUGCCGCCCGCGGCCUGGACAUCCCGCACGUGCGCACGGUGGUGAACUACACGGUGGCGCGCGACAUCGACACGCACACGCACCGCGUGGGCCGCACGGGGCGCGCCGGCGUGCCGGGCGACGCGCACUCGCUGCUGCUGCGCCAGCACGACCGGGACUUCGCGGGGCACCUGCUGAGGAACCUGGAGGCCGCGCAACAGGUGGUGCCCGACGAGCUUCUGCAGUUGGCGAUGCAGUCGGCCUGGUUUAGGAAGUCGCGCUUCAAGAAAGGAAAAGGAAAGAAUCUUAACAUCGGCGGCUGCGGCUUGGGGUACAAGGAGCGUCCGGGGCUGCCCCCCGCGCCCCCCGCGCCCUGCGAGCCGCACGGGCCCGCCACCGACCGCCUCGCCUCCCUCAAGCAGGCCUUCCGCUCACAGUACAACCAGUUCACAGCGUCGUCAGAUCACUCGUGGGAGCAGACGCGGGUCCAGCCCGGGGUCAACGAGCCCGCGCCGCCGCCCGACGACAAGCCCGAGAGGGUCCGGAAGAGCGGCAAGAAGAGCCGCUGGGAGUAGCCGCCCUCAACUCGCUGUGAGGGUAGUCUGAACACGGGGGUCGGUGCUGUCUGGGAGCUUAUGUCGCACGUGGCCAGCUGAGCCGAUGUGGUUCAGGAACCGACAGCCGCGCGCGAGCUCACGGCGAGCUCAAGAGAUAUCUCUUAAAACUACUCACGUAGACAACUUUAUCUUUUAUUGUGUAUAUGGGUGCACGAGCUCACAGCCGACCUAGUGUUAACCAUCUACAACGUAAAUGCCGCCACCCACCUUGAGAUAUAAGUUCUAAGGUCUCAGUAUAGUUUCAACGGCUGCCCCAUCCUUCAAACCGAAACGCAUUACUGCUUCCUCUUUUUCUCCACCUUAUCCCACUAGGUGGGGUCGGCACAGCUAAUUCUCUUCCAUUCUCUUCUAUCAGCCGUCAUCUCAACACUUACUCCUCUCUCUCUCAUAUCGUCAUUCACACACUCCAUCCAUGUCUUCUUCGGUCGACCUCUUCCCCCUCUACCUUGCACUACCAUUUCUAUACAUCUCCUAGUCACAUGCAUCUUCUCAUUACGCAUACUGCAACGCAUUACUGCUUCACGACAGAAAUAGGCAGAGUGGUGGUACCUACCCGUGCGGACUCACAAGAGGUCCUACCGCUAGUAAUCCGAUGUCCGGUUUUAUGCGCCGAGGACAUUAGUAUUUAAACUGUAGCGUAGCCGGUCUCCAUGAAGGGUCUUAAGUUACGUAGUUUUUGAGACAAAUACGCAAGUUUUGUGUCGAUGCUCGGAGACUUUUAUCUGUCUCUGCCGUAAAGCAGAUAGUCGGGUUCGAAGGACGAAAUAACCUUUAUACAAGUGGAACUUGAACCUGAUAUCUCAGGGCGAGGGGCAGCAGCGUGGCUAGUGACGCCAACUCCUCUCCUGUCCUGUGUGCUUAGUGCGAGUUUCUUAACGUUCUAGAUAGUGUAAGAGUUAAGCCAUUUUUGUAUGCAGUUGGAACAGCGCCCCUAGCGGCAAACGUACGCAAACGAUCCCAUUCCGUAUAUAUAUGAGCUAACUUUUACGCUAUCGAGAACGUUAAAAAACUCGCACUAAGAACACUGGAGUAUUCAAAGAAAACUUAACAUACAUUGAUGGUAUUAUAAAGCUUUUCCAAUGUUAACCUGCCAAAAUAGUAGUUUCGUAGGCAGCGGCUUGGCUCUGUCCCUGGUAUUGCUGAAGUCCAUGGGCGACGGUAACCACUCACCAUCAGGUGGGCCGUAUGCUCGUCUGACUACAAGGGCAAUAAAAAAAAUCUUGAUUACUGAUGGCAAUAGAGUCCGCACGGGUAGGUGCACCCACUCUCCCUCGUUCUCCGGCGAACCAGUCACACCUUCUGAUAUGAAGGUCUGGAGCUCAGACUUGCCUAAGGGGUCCGGUUGACGCCAGGUGGCCGUGGGUUUGUACAAGGGGAAAUACAAUUUAAAAAAAAAACUAGAAGACAAUGCAUCGGCCCCCGCACUACCCGCAAAUUAAAUAAAUUGAUUGAGUCAUCUGUCACCCCAAGACAAACAGAAGCCCGAUACAAAACAUCGCUAGCCAAAUACGUAAUAUAUAAUCUAACAGAUAUCAAUUCAUGUAUUUAUUCAUUAAAAUCAAUUGUAACUUUGACAUCGUAAUGUCCCAAAUUUAAAGUCAAACGCCUCGAACGCGAACAAACAAAACCACAAGCAUUAGAUAUAUAUAUAUAAAUAUUAGAUGAUAGUUAAGUUAUCGUUUUUAUGUGUCGGGAAUUUGUUUUAAUUUUAAAAUUCGCUUUUAAGAUAAUGUCGCGUGAGUGUUCAAUUAAAUGUAACACUGUCCGAUGCGUCGUCGGUCUUAGCCUUAGAGUGCUUAGUGCGAGCUUUUUAACGUUCUCGAUCGCGUAAGAGUUAACUCAAAUUUGUAUCGAGUUGGAACAGCGCCCCUAGCGGUAAACGUAGGGAAGAUGUUUCAACUCCAUACAAAUUUGAGUUAACUUUUACGUGAUCGAGAACGUUAAAAAACUCGCACUAAACACACUGAUCGCUAAGAGAAGUUCAAAGAAGCCGGUGGAAAUAGCAUUUUAAUAAUGUAAUUUUGUUUAUAUUUACUUUUAAGUUAAGAUAAUAUAAAAUAUAAUUAAAAAAAUUCAUCUAAUAUUAUUAAUAAUGUGAACACAAAAAAAAAGGUUUGAUUUUCUAUUUAUGUAAUCAAAGAUUUAGAUGAUUUUAUUAAUGAAAUGCCAAGUGUUUACGGGGAGAUUGAAAAUAAUAAUAUAAUAUAUAAUGAUGACUAAACUGUUCACGUAAAGACAUGGGAAUUGGAGUGCUUUUCUCUUCUAUGAUUUGUCGCGCGAAUAUCGAAAAGUUCUAAGCAAUUUCAUUACCUGUGACGUCAUUUGGGGCCAAAAUAGCCGAGCUAAUGCUAAGACACACGUCGAUUGGCCACAUAUGACGUAUGCAUUGAGUAAGAUGUUGACGUCAAAAUAAUGUUUAUUUUGUUUUAAUGAAAUUCAAGAUCCGUUGUGAUGAGAACUGCUCUCGUUUGGUUCUACCUAUAAUAGAGCUGCAAAUUAUCUGAAGUGUCCUCACUGUUUGUCGUUGUCCGUUGUCCACUGCUCUUAAAUACGAAGAUCAAUCACUUUAAACUUUACUAUAGACAGUUUUAGUAACGGUUCUGCGUUUAAUAAUGUAUUCACUGCUUUGGGGAUUGUGUUUGCGUGAAUUUUAUCGGUCCGCAUUGAUUCGUAGUUCAAAGUUACUCAAAUUUGUAUGGAGUUGGAACAGCGCCCCUAGCGGCAAACGAAGGGAAGCCGUACCAACUCCAUACAAAUUUGAGUUAACUUUUACCUUAUCGAGAACGUUAAAAACUUACACUAAAGACGCAAUAAUGAGUAAUUACAAGAUCCCGAGUGUAUAGAAUUUUUUCGAAUACCUUUUAGAAAUUAUCAGCGAAAAUCCAAAAGUGGAUGGAAAAUUGUUAGAAUAAAUAGAGCGUACAAACAGGAACAUAAAAAAAGAAAUUGCCUUAAAUCAAACCGAAAAAUGUGGUUUAUAGUUUAAAAUAGUGAAGAAACGUACAAGUAUUUUUGAAAUGUUAAAAAAAGUUUUUGAAUACGUCAUAAUCUUCAUAAUGUAAAAUGUUGAAAAUAAACACGAGAUACAAUAUUG